UUGUUCGGAUACCAACCUGAACCAGAAGAACUUCCAAUGAGGUUGCAAGAACUUCAAGAUGCUAUAAACAAACUUCCAUUGAGACAUCCAAUUGACGUCAAAUUGUAUUGGAGAGCAUCUGAGUUAGGUCAGAAGGUUUUAUAUGAAACAGGUUGCUUCGACGAUGUUUAUGAGAUAACAGGAGAAGUUUCUCAGAAGAUAAGAGACUCACUUGAAUUUCCACAAACUGGACCAAUUGGUUGCGACAAGUUCGACUCAGAUGAAAAGAUAUACUAUGUCGACCUUAACGCUGCAUACAUGAGUUUGUCCAAUAUAUUCCGACUGGAAUUCCAAACGAAGAUGGUGA